CUUCCAAAAUACUCGCAAAGUAGAGGAUAAAAUACCAAACAUUUCUCUCAAUCACCUUUUAUGAUCUUCUUCCUCGUCGAUACUUUUUUGCUCUUACCCAUCAUUUUCUCUCUCCUACUUCCCCGUUUUUCUCUUCUAUCCCUCGCUUUCGACCCCUUUAAAUUUCCCCCCUUUUCCCCAAUUUUGUCACUUUUUCUUCAUUUUUAAUUUUUCCAAUUUCCGUGUUUUCUAUAAACCCUAAAAUCCCGAUUUUCGGACCUAAAAAAUUAAAAAAAAUGAUGCAUCAACAAAGAAUGAAGCAGCAGCAACAACAACAAGCUCUGAUGCAGCAAUCGAUCCUUCAGCAACAAGCUUCUCUCUACCAUCCGGGUGUUCUCGCUGCCCCUCCUCAGAUAGAACCUAUCUUAAGUGGAAAUCUGCCACCAGGCUUUGAUUCAAGUGCAUGCCGCAGUGUGUACGUUGGGAACAUUCACCCCCAAGUCACUGAUCCACUUCUUCAGGAAGUUUUCUCAAGCACCGGUAUGAUUGAAGGAUGCAAGCUGAUUCGGAAGGAGAAGUCCUCCUAUGGCUUUGUGGAUUACUAUGAUCGAAGAUCAGCUGCUCUUGCUAUUGUCACCCUUAAUGGACGUCAUCUUUUUGGACUACCUAUCAAAGUUAAUUGGGCAUAUGCGAGCAGUCAAAGAGAGGACACCACGAAUCAUCACAACAUAUUUGUUGGGGAUUUGAGCCCUGAGGUUACAGAUGCUACAUUGUUCGCAUGCUUCGCUCAUCAAAACUGCUCAGAUGCUAGAGUAAUGUGGGAUCAGAAGACUGGGCGUUCCAGGGGUUUUGGGUUUGUUUCAUUUAGAAGCCAGCAGGAUGCACAAACUGCGAUCAAUGACCUAAAUGGAAAAUGGCUUGGAAGUAGACAGAUUCGCUGUAACUGGGCCACAAAAGGUGCUAUAGGCAAUGAUGACAAGCCAAGCCCGGAUGCUAAGAGUGUUGUGGAACUCACCAAUGGAUCAUCUGAAGACGGUCAAGAGAAGACAGAUGACGAUACUCCGGAGAACAACCCUCAGUAUACAACUGUUUAUGUUGGCAACCUUGCUUCUGAGGUUACGUCAGCUGAUCUUCACCGCCAGUUCCACUUUCUAGGGGCUGGUGUUAUUGAGGAUGUCCGGGUACAACGAGAUAAGGGUUUUGGUUUUGUGAGAUACAGCACUCAUGCUGAAGCCGCCCGAGCUAUUCAACUCGGGAAUGCAAGGGUACUCUGUGGAAAACCUUUAAAGUGUUCUUGGGGCAGUAAGCCUACUCCACCUGGAUCAAGCUCAACACCACUUCCUCCACCAGUUCAGGCGUCUGUUUACUCUGCCGCUGACAUCGCUGCCUACGAGCGGCAACUUGCUAUAGCCAAAAUGGGUGGUGUUCAGGCUCUUAUGGGUCAGCACCCAUUUAAAGGUGCCAUGGGAAUGGGUGUACCCGGCGCUAGUCAGCCAAUCUAUGACCCUGCAUACCAGAAUCUUGCUUCAUCACAGCACCUCAUGUAUUAUCAGUAAAGUAUUCUACCAGUAAGUUUAUAGCCCUCUGUUUUUAUUCCUCUUGAGUCUUGAUCAAUGUAAUGGUGUAUUAGCUCCCCUUUCUCCUUUUCCUGUCACUUUUUCAGAGCUUGUAUUUUCGGUUUUAUGACAUGCUAUUACAGAUGUAAUUUAUUGAGAGCUUUACCUUUUCUAUCCUUUUUCAAGUCAUAGUAUUAUGAUUUUUCA